AUGGAAGGCGGAAUCAACGAAGACCAGAAUUUCUAUUCUAGGCGCCUCAUUCACUCUGCCACCGAAUACCCCGACCCCCAGAUCCACAACCACAACCUCAACCUUCACCAACAUUCUCACCACCCGCAACCCUUACACCCGCAUCAUUACGAACCUCCUCCGCUACCCGAUUUCGAGUCGAGAUCCACGCCGCAACCGCAGCUGCCCCCAAAGCUACCCUUUCUCACCACCGCGAACCUCCAAGCCGUCGCCGCGAAUGGAUUUUCGAACCACGGCGUAAUUGAUGGAGGAGACCCGGCCGAAUUCUACAGAGAAUAUCGAGGAGUGCAUCAGUCGGCGAACGGAUACACAGACAACGCAAACGGAAUGGCAGCGAUGGCGUCUGAGUCUCGGCCAGGGCCGUCCUCGUUGAGGUCGAAUGGGAAUGGCACAACACCAAAACAUCCGUCAAUACCAGGAAGAACUGGCAAAGCUGGCUAUCGUUCAGCCUCUUCACCUCUAGACGACAGAGCAGGUUUGAGUUCUGCGAGAUCCUCGCCGGCUCUCAAUGGACUUCCCAGAGGUCAACAGCCGAGCGUCAAGGAUCUGCUGAAACGAUUUGACUCAAAUAACGAGCAGUCCAGUUCCGUGGUUCGCAAACCGCCAGGUCGUAUAGCUCCGAGGCAGAAGACACCGGAAAGUAGAGGAUAUCAGCGAGAGCAACCUGGGUAUAUGGCUCGCACCGCGAACCACAGUCUGCAACAUACAGCAAGUUCGGCGUCACGGGCGGGAUUAUCUACACGAGAAAAUGGCACAGGCAGAAGAUCUCCAGAAAAGUUGAGAGCCACACAACGAACGAGAUUCGCGACCGAAGACCAGCAUUCGAAUAAUACACUCUCGAGUGCGACCCGCGUCUCCCGUCCGCGGCACUCGGUUUCUGGACCACAACCCUCAAAGUCGAUGACAAACCUUUCACCCACAUCGCCUACCGCGAAUCCUCCAUCUUUACCUCAAACACCAGCGAGACGGCCACUUUUUGGUGAAGUUCUACCCAUUGGACCACAACCGGAUCAUAUUGGCUACGGGAUCCCUCACUCCGCCACGCGACGAACCUCAGAUUCAGGGCUGCAUCCAAGUUGGGGUGGCCACCAACGCAGUCGUUCUGCUGUUGAUACCUCUCCCUCUUCGCCUACCGCAUGGUACCUUGAAGUUAAACCAAAAUCAGACGAUGUUGAUCCUCAAAAAUUCCCGCGCUCCUCACCUGGUCACAAUCGCAACCACAGCGAUUUUGCGGACACGAAGGUCAAUACUAUGAAUGGUGUCAGCCCUCAAUUCCAACCCCCGCCUGUUAAAACACCACCAUCGCAUGGUUCGUCCAACUCAAGCAAGCCGGCAAUUUCGAGAAUCCCAGUAUCUAGCAAGCGUCUGAGUAAUUCUUCCGAGUCUUCAAGUCCGAUAUCACGAGCAUCGUCUCCAUUCACGACAAAGACGUUUUCCAAUGGAAAGACUCGAAAAACCCCAUCCAGGCCAUAUAGUGCUGCUUCUCGCGUGACUCCACCUGGAAGCCGCGCGAUGACCCCGACUCAGAAAACUCCUCGUGCCGGUGGUAGGGGGAGGAAGCUAGAACAAGCUACCAACAGCAGUCUAAAUGCCUAUAUCUCGGCUGCACCAUCGAAAGCGUCCCCACCCUUACGCAGCUCCCGUCCGAGGCAACCUGUGUCGUCCGCAUCGCCCGAAAAACAACAACAUGGAACAGCAAGACCUGCCUCGCAACAGGCUCGCAGCGGCAUGAAACUUACACGAAAUGGCGGCUCCGAAGACCCGAAACCUCGAAAGGUACCGGGUACAGGACCUGUGGACUACGCAGCUCGUAGAGCGACCAUCCAGCGGGCAUAUACCAAGUCGAUUUAUGAAAGCGAACAGAAGGAGAUCUGCGCAGCGAAUAUGCGGCGGUUGAGUGAGCGGCAAGCAAGAAAUUCGAUGGUACAGGCAAACAAGGAGGAGAGUACAGCAGAGACCAGGCCGGAAACGCCUCCAAUAUCUUAUACCAACGAUAUGCGAUCUGACGCCGAAUUGAGCCCUCCACCAUUACAAAUUACCACUUCAUUCACAAACCCUCCUGCUAUACCUGCGAGUACGGCUUUUAUGGAAGACUCACCGACUCUGGGUAUGCCGGGAACCUUUGUGGAUGAGGAGCCUGCAUCUGCAAUCUCCUGCGCUACGGGGAUCACUGAGAUAGACAACGAACCGCAAACGGAGGAAGCUCGUCUGAAUCGUAUGAUUUCCGUGCGUACCAACGGCCACACGAGGCAAACAAGUAACUUGAGUAACCUGUCGGCUCAGAUGACUUUUGGUGAAGAUCACUUGAGUCCCGAACAGGCCAUGUAUGGUUUCAAUCAGGAGCACCAAGGGUCCAUAGAUAUCAUGCUUGCUACUACCCCAGUUGACGAUCCAUCUCGCAGUUCCACCGUUGGCGAGAACGAACCCCAAGCAGUGUCGAAUGGCGAAGCAACGGGUGAGAAUCAUGGUCAACAUGUCCUCAGUUCGUCGUUUUAUACGGAGAGCCCAAAUCAGGAAUCUCCACCAGAUAUAUCAAGGCCUUCGACGGCGUUUGGGUCUCAUGAAGAGAUGAACAGGGAGAAAAGUAAUGGUUUUCCAGUCUCCUAUGAUAGGUCCAAUCAUUCAGCAAUAACUUCGUAUCAAGACGGCCAACAGUUCAACUUUGAGCCAGAUUACGCUGUGUCGCCUGAUACUCCCAAUGACCGACAACUGCAGCUUCCAAAUCUUCGAACUGCGCUAGACCCUCCAUCAGUUGCAGUCAGUGAAGCUGAGAAUGAUUAUCUCAACACCCCGGUUACGGAUAUGGAUGAUGAAGGGUCUGUAGGUCUGUCUGCAUCCAGAAGACAAUCAACGUAUGAUCCGUACGAUGCCAAUCCAGAUGCGCCGAUGCAGGUUGAUCGUAGAAGCCGACAAUCACAAUGGACAGAUUACUCGGUGAAUUCUAGAGGGGAUUCUCGACCCAGAGACUCGUCUACUGCAGGCUCGGAAAGGAGAAGCACGUUGGCAAGGGAAUACUCGCGCCCUCCUUCCCCAACGCCUCCAGUUCCGCCGAAACCAGCGGGUUACAGUCCACUGCCAUCACCAAAUCCAUCGGCUUAUUCACCUCGAAUCCCAAGUCCAAGCCACCAGCGGCUUCCUCCACUAUCGACUGGCGACGGAUUUUUGACGAGUUUUGCCGAAGAUCAUCGGUUAAGUGCGACUUCAGGUCCUUUGUGGCCAGACUAUUCACCUCCACUGCCUCCUGUCCCUCGUGAUUCGAUUGAUCAAGCCCCAGUCGCCCCCACCCGGACGCCGCCACUACCUCUUACUCAAGAUAACAAAAGGCCGCCAUCUAGCUAUCAAUCUAGCCAUGAUCCUAAUCAGAUUCCCGAGUCCCGACGUGGCAGCGAUGAUGUUUACUCAUCUCGACCUUCUGUAUCCACACCCCGAUCUAGCACUCAGAUAUCAUUCGAAGAUGCAGUCGCUGCAGCCCAACUGGCUAGUCGGCAGGCGGUGGAGCCACAAACAGCAGAGGAGAAAGAAGCCGCAGAAGUCUUGAGAAAGCGGUUAUUCAAAAGAAAAAUGGGCAUCACCGAGCUGAUUGAUACCGAGUCUAUGUAUCUCAAAGACAUGAAUGUUGUUACAGAAAUCUAUCAGGGAACCGCGGAAGCUUGCCCUAAGCUCGACUCUAGCGAUAUCAAGACGAUAUUCCGAAACUCGCACGAAAUUGUGACAUUCACUACCACUUUGCUUGAUGAUAUGAAGGCGGGAGCGGCUGCUGUAUAUUCUCCCAGGACAACGAAAAGAUCGAGGGAAAGCAGGUCAACUACCGCAACCGGUAUUUCCGGUCAAGCAGGCUCGGCUGGCGACCGAUUUUCUACGGCCGGAACCUUGAACGAAGAGCACCUGACAGACGAACAAAAAGACCAAAAGACAUUUAUCGGCGCAAGUUUCGGCCGGCAUCUGAAACGUAUGCAAAACGUCUAUACUGACUUUUUGAAGAAUGGAGAUGCCGCUAAUGCCAGGUUGGAAACUCUGCAAACCGAUCCAUCGGUCAAAGUUUGGUUAAGCGAGUGUGAUAUUGUUGCAAAAGACUUGACGAAUGCGUGGAACAUUGACGCAUUGAUGGUCAAACCCUUUCAGCGAAUUACACGAUAUGAGUUGAUCUUCAAGGGCAUCAUUGACUCUACCGAUGCCAAUCACCCUGAUUAUCUAGCUCUGCAAACUACAUAUCAUGAGCUCCGGGCGUUAACUUCAAACAUCGACAGUAUGAAAGACCGUAUUUCAACCGUUCAUAAGGCCGUUGCAGGUCGCAAACGAAAGGAAUCAGAUGUUCGAUCCGGUCUGGCCAAGGCAUUUGGUAGGACAAAGGAAAGAGCUACAGAAAAAAUUCCAAAUGGUCGUAUUCCCGAUGAUGCGAACUACCUCAAGCUUGACCGAAAGUAUGUUCACGAGUAUCUGCAGCUCCAGGUUGUUCUUCGCGAUGUCGAGGACUACAAUGCUAAAGCUAAGGUCUGGGUGGAAGACCAGCUAAAAUUGUACUCGGCAAUGGAGCUUCACAUGCGAGUAACAGCGAGUUCGUUCCCCGAAAUAGAGAGCAAAUGGGUGCGGUUCAACAUGUCAAUGAGGGAUAUGGGGACCGUAGUCGUCGGUGAACAUACUAAUAACGUACAAGAACAAGUCAUCAAGCCCUUUGAGACACUCAUUCACCUUUACGGCCCUCCUGGAUUAGCAAUCAAGCAACGAGCAAAGCGACGAAUCGAUUUCGAGAAGCUCAGCGGUGUUGCCAAACCAAACGAUAAAGACGCGGAGAAAAUUAAACAGUACAACCACCUGAACCAGACCUUGAAAGAGGAGUUGCCUUUGUUGUUCAAAAAGAGUGAAACAAUAAGCAUGAUAGCUCUAUCCCGAUUCAUCAUGAUCCAGAGUGAAUGGUUUGAUAUUUGGCAGAAAAAGGUCAAGAUGGUGCUAGAAGAGAGCCAGAUUCCAAAGGAUAUCAACGAUAUUGUCGAUGCGUUCAAGCGUGACUACAAAUACCAAGAGGCUCGGCCUCAGGAGCUAGGAAUCAUCAACGGCAACUUUAACGGCUUAGAAAAAGUUGGUAGUGCUGCUAAAUCAGACACGGAUAGUAGGAAACCACGUCCAUCAAAUCUUUCCAGUCGAUCUCGUGGGCUUUCGAUCAACAGUGAGCGGACACCAAGUCUUCCAACGCCAGAUUUCGCCAAGCGACUCAGUGGCCAGUUCGUUAUGUCACCAAUACAUCCACCGUCCGUAAACGUACCUUCGCUGUCGUAUUCAACGCCUUAUGCCACACCGCAGCCGACAAUGCAUUCUCGUCAAGGAUCUGGAUCACCAGCUACUCCGGAUUAUAUGAUUCAGCCCCGUCCUUCAGCCGCUAGCCUUGCGCGACCCAAUACCGGUAGGAGUUUUGCAUCAGACAGCGGUAUGCCGCGAGGUGGAAGCGACUAUAAUACACCGGCUCGACGCGAAUCUGGAUCUACGCACAACUCUGCGUACCAUGCUGAUGGGCCUCCGACAUCAAAUCGGCCUUACUCGGGUAUCUUCCGCUCUGCGAUGCCAUUACCUGAUGGUCCUGAAGAUAGUAUGAGAUCUUCGAGGGCUUCUUCUCGCGACCGUAACGUUCCGGGUGGUUACAAAGUUCUAUAUCUCGCGGCAAGCUUGUUUGAGUUCCAGAUCAGUGCUACAAAGUCUGAAGCUGGAUAUCCCUAUUUGACGUAUUCAGCUGGAGAGAUCUUUGACGUGAUUGGCGAAAAAGGCGAGCUCUGGCUUGCCAAAAAUCAAGACGACCCUAGCGAUCGAGUCGGUUGGAUUUGGAGCAAACACUUUGCACGACUUGCCACCGACUGA